GAGGAAGCAAAGGAGAGCAGCUGAAGGAAAGGACCCAGUCUGCAGAACCAGGACCAAGAUAGAUCCAGGACCACAGACCAGGAACAGCCCAGUCCACCAUGUCAGAGUCCAUCAGGAGGAGAAGCUCCAGCAGGCAGCUCCUGCAGAACCUCAUCAGGGUGACGGCACAGCGGAGCCAGGAGGAUGCUGAGGAGGUGGAGCGGGAGCAAAGGAGGAGAGCCAGGGAGAGGCAGAGAGGAGAGGAGAGCCCCUCCAGGCCAGAACCCACCCAACACGACAACCUCACACACAACACAGAGUCGGACGAGGAGCUGAAACCCAGCUGCUCUCUGGUCCUGGAUGAAGAUGAAGGAUUUAGCGACUGGAGCCACAGGUUGGAAAACCGUAACGAGCAUGAGGUGCAGGAUGACUGCAAGGCAAAGGAGCAGAGAACAUCAGCACAUCCAGGCCCUGAAAAAGAGAAAGAGCAGGAAUAUGAGGAGGAUGACAGAGGGAAGCCAAAACAAAGAAGCUCUGAUGAUGCCACAGCACUAUCUCCAGAGAAGACACCCCCCACCAAAAACUCAUCCAGGACGUCAUACAGUUCAUCUGUCUUCCUGUCACAGGAUGCCAGGCUGCAGCACUCUGCAGGCCGGCCUGCAGACAGGACGUCAUACCUGGCAGCAGGGACGAUGAGGCCACGUGGAGGAGCUUGCAGGGUGGAUGGGGAAGUGGAGCAGGAGGUACAGAAGGAGGAUGAGGAAGAAGCGGAAGAGGUACAGCAAACUCUGCAGGGGAAGCUGGAGUCAACAGAAACUUGGCCAAACCUUGGACAUGAAGAAGAUCAGGAGGGGAGAGAGCUGAGCUUCACACAUGAGCAGAAGGAAGACUUCCACUGGGAGCGGAGGUCUGGGGUACUGGAGGAGGAAGAGCAAAGGAUGCAAAACAAGAGAUCAGUGGAGGGUCGAGGCAGGAGGAGCGAGGAGGUGAACAGAUCACCGGGUUCUCUCUGCAGCAGCAGUGAAGGCGAGGAGUCGUUAAGCUGCUACGGCCCCAUGAGCCCCACAUUCAAGAAACUCCUCAUACAGUUUUACCCAGACGAGGUGAACAGUCGAGUCUCAGCAGAUGGAAAAUGUUCGAUAACAGAGAGAACAGAGUCACUGAAGAGAAGCACCAGCAACAUAAAGAAGACACAGCUGCCUGUUUCUAAGAUUGACAAGAGGCUGGAACAGUACACACAUGCUCUAGAGGUGUCCUCAAAGGAAUGCAGGUCAAGCUGUCCGGUGCUGACAGACCUCACAACUUUCUCCGAACCAGUUGCAUCCAAAAAGAACCUGUUUGAAGCUGGAGAAGCCUGGAACCAAAAUGUCAUCUCUGUUACACCAUCUAAAGAUGCGGAUGGUUUAAAGGUUGGUGUGGCUGAUCUCAUCCACCAGUGGGUGAAAGGAAGUGAAGAUGGAAGCAGGUGCAGCUCACCUUCCAAACCAGCAGAUAUAAAACCUGGUGGUGUUUUAAACAAGAAAAAUUUAUGGGAGAGCCUGGGUGACACACUAUCUGCAAGAGAUGGAAAGGAAUGCUCCACCAAACCAUAUAAAUAUGUGGUGACAGGUCACGGCAAGUAUGAGAAGGUUUCCGCUGACAACGGCUGCACCGAAGACAUAAACUACCAGGCAGAUGGAGAAUUUUAUGAAGACUUGUGAAACACAUGUUUGGAUUUCUGAGAAGAAGCCACUAUCACUUCACCAUUCUCUGUAUUUCAAUCUUUAGGCUGAAGACAAACUUCAGUCUAUUACUUUCCUCUUUCUGAGACUGUAUUUCUGCAAAUAGAGAAGCAAAAGGGGAUUUUGUGUGUUUUUAAUCUUGAUAAAUAUUCAUUUUUAUCCUGUGACUGAUAUCACAAGAUACUUAAUGUAUCUUUGAAUGAAAUGAAUUCAAUAAAACUUGAUGUUGA